AUGGGUGCUGUUUUAUAUACUUUGUUGUUUUUGAUGCAAGUUGCGUCAAUUUAUUCGAUAUUUCCUAAGAUCAACUUUAAGUGCAAUAUUUGGGAUUCGGCAUGUUCUACAAAAAUGGUUCAGUCAAGUUUUCCUGGCUUAACAUCUGGGAUUCAAGAGAUCAACACAGCAGUACUUGAUCCGCUCGUCUUGAACCAUAUAAGUUUUGACAUCGCUGGGCUUAAAAUGGAUGUUAAUAACCUUUAUAUUCGUGGUCUUAAAGAUGGAACUUUUGAUAGUCUUAGUAUUGAUCCCAUAUCGAGAGAGGUAAAAGUAUCAUAUCACGUCAAUUUAGAUGGUACUGCACGAUAUAAUGCUGGUGGAAACUUGCUUGGAUUGCCUUUCUUUGGAAGUGGUUUUUUCCGUAUACAACCAAGAAACUUGCAAUUUGAGGUCGUAAUGCCAUUUGAUAUCGUUAAGGAUAGCUACGGUAGACAUGUUGUUGAUUUAAAGGGCUUCAACUAUUCAUUCGACGUGAAGGAUCACACACGAUUUGACUUCACCAAUCUAUUUUAUGGAAACAGAGCAUGGAGUGACGCGGUGCACAAUUUUGUUAAUUCAAACUCAAGACUUGUUACAUCGGUGUACGGAUCAGGUAUUCUGGACGCAGUGAACACGGAAGUAUUCAAAGCGCUCAGAACUUAUCUCCUUGCAAACCCUAUCGAGAAUGUUUUUCUUUUGGAUAAAUUACCAGCGUCUGAAAUCAAUGAAAAAGAUGAAAAUAAAGAAAAACAGGAAAUGGAUGAAAAAGAUGAAAAAAGUGAAAAACGUGAAAUUAUUGAAAAAGAUGAAACCGAUGAAAAUAAAACAAACAAUUGAACAUAAUAUCUUGAAUGUCAGUCAAAUCCGUAUCUAGUGAUAAUAACAAAAUAACACAGUGUUUGAAAGUUGAUUAAUU